AUUUUGCGUUCUAUAGUCAGUCUUUAAAUCAAAGAAUUAUACAGUAAUGGUGUCGUCAGCCCACGUGACUGUUCUUGUAACCACCUGCACCAGGCCAGACAGAAGUGAGAGCAGGGGAUGGGGUCAAAUCUUUUUUAUCUCAAGUAAACCUCACCGACUCGAGAGUUGAAAGAAAAUAAGCGAAACGAACUGCUAAUAUAUCUCUUCUUGCAGAAACUUUGACAAGAGGUCAAAAUCGAGGAUGGCAACGUUCCAGUCGCAGCGCCUGGCUUCAAUGGAAUCCUACUGAUGCACAGCACGGAAACAGGCGGCUGUAGCGGAGGUCGUCGCGAACGUGUAGCAGUGGUGGUGGUGGUGGGGGUGGUUGUGCUGUUUUUGCUGGCGAGCGCAGGAGAGAGAGAAAGAAAGAGAGGGCAAGACGCUCCACGCCGAAGCAGACGACCACUGCGGCGACCGAGGGGAGGCGGCAGGUACGCGGCGCGGCAAAACCCUGAAACCAGAUGCCCGAGCAGGACAGUUUCAAGCUCAUCUAGUGACUGUCACAUGGACUGGGACCAUUUCGCGCUUCCUGCCCUUGUCACGUAGAGGAUGGAGGAGUUACUUCGCGGAGCACUACGCGCGCUGUACGCGCGACACAAUUAUGACGUCACUUCCUUGUCCUGCUACGUGGAGCGCCAGCUGCCGCUGCGUGACCCCUUCUUCCAGCUGAAGCGGGUGCCGCACUUCCAGGUUCGCGACGAUCUGCAUCGCUGUGAUACCCCGGCCUAUCGCCCCAUCCAAAGACUGGAGAAUGCAACGCCUGAAGAUCUGUGUCACAGAGGCAGGGCAGGGUGCCGCCGGGUGCUGGUGGAAGGCGACAUUGGCACCGGCAAGACCUUCCUUUGCUACUUCCUCCUGCACCAGUGGGCUGAACCCAAACCCAAACCCCACGCCAACAACACCACCAAGUCACCCCGUGGAGACGACCUCAACACCUACAAGCUGGUGAUCUACCUGGACUGCGUGCGCCUCCCCGUGUCGGACUUCCUGGCCAAGUGCCAACCCUACGUCCACAAACGUCACGUGUACGUGGCAGCCUGCGCCCUGCUGGCGCUGGCGCCGUUGCAAGGUGAAGGUCGCCUGGUGCAGGAGCGAGUCUAUGAUUGGCUUCUACGUAACCAAUCAGAAACCUGCCUCAUCUUCGACAACGUGGAUGCCUCGGACGCCUGGCUGCAGAUCAUCCAGGAGGCGGCGAGGGAGCACCAUGGCUUCGGCAAGAUCCUGGUCUGCGCCACUCCCGAGCGCGUGCCCAAGAAGAACAUCGAUGCCUUGUACUACUGUUACGGGCUGCACCCGGAGUAUGGCACCAAACUCAACGCAUCGCGGCUGAAACGGGUAUCCGCUACUCUGGCGAGAGGGCCACCCUUCCCAAGCAGCUGGACUCUUCAGGAGCUGCUCCGCAACCCCCUGAUCCUCGCUCUCCUCUCCGCUUACCUGAAAGACUUGAACCACCGACGCCUGCCGAGAACGCAGUUCGAACUGAUCGAGGGCGUGAUCGGGUUCGCCAUGAUCGGCGACCCGUGUCCCGUCAGCCCCAGUGCAGAGAGGCCCGGAUGCGAGGCCGGCUCAGCGUCGCUGAUGACCAUCUGCGAGACGGUGGCCUUCGAGUGCAUCGAGACCAACACCAACUACUUCUGCAAGUCAAAGUUUCCCAGCUACUUCUGGACCAAGCACCUCUGCGAUUGUCGUCUGCUGCACGAAGUCACGAUGUGGCGAAGCAAGGCAACCCCGUGGUGUCCUUUACCAGCCGCUGCAUCCGAGACUACCUGGCGUCCAAGCGGGUGUGCCGCUACCUGCUGUCCGACAGGGACUCCAAGCAGUUCCUUCACACCCUCGUCCAUCGCCGACAGUUCCACUCCGUCGUGCGUUUCAGCAUCCGCCAUUUGGUCAAGCUAGGCCGCCUCGACGUGGUGCGCGCGCUUCUAGAGCAGCUGCUGGCCGCCGAGCCCCAGCGCUGGGUCAAGGCCCACCCGGGUCAGGGGCAAGGUCUGGGGUGCAGAAGCCACUACGUGGGUUCGAGCGAGUCAUUUUCGCGAGGCCGGCUGU